UGCACGAAUGCGGACGAAUAUCAACUUCUCCCAGGCGACGCCACCGUCAUGUUGGAUGGCAACUUUGUCGCGAAUACUUUUCUCACGCGUACCGCCCCUGGCGAGAAACUCCGCAUCCCAUUCGGCGUCGACAGCAGCAUUGAAGUUCGCCGGAAGCUGCAGGAGCGAUGCACGACAAAUAUGAAGACGAAUUUAUUUAACCGCGCGUCCAGGCAGCGACUGCUGCUUGCAUACGCCACGACCCUCACAAAUACGAAGUCGCAGGAGACCGUCACCGUGACAGUGCAGGAGCGCAUCCCAAAGUCCAACGAACAGAAACUCACAGUACGCCUGCUGGAGCCGAAGACGGACGCGAUGGACUGGACCGACGAGCGACAGCGGCGGCUGGAGGUGGACGGUGUGGUGGAGAUGCAAGUCACGUUGAAGCCCGGGGCGGUCGUCACGGUGCCCUUCGCCUUUGAAGUGGAGGCCCCCAUCGACGCGCACAUCUACGGCCUGUAA